GCGAUCGUGUCAAUACUAGUGGUACUGGUCAUUGUUAUGAUCAAAUGGUGGUCCAAUAGAAGACGUGCCGAUUUAACAAACAAACUUCCCGGACCUUACCACUAUCCCUUUUUGGGGGCACUACCCUACUUCUUAUUUUCACCGGAUAAAACAUGGAGAUACCUCCACAAGUUCGCAAAAACUCACGCCCUACCGAUCUACAAAACCCUGGUGCUCAACACCCUUUACGUUAAUCUAAUGGUACCAGAAGACAUUCAGGUGCUGCUAUCCUCCGGGAAGUACCUUAAUAAAGGCCAAGCGUAUCAGUUGCUGGAGCCUUGGGUCGGAAAGGGACUGUUUAACAGUUCAGGGAUGAAGUGGCGAGAAAGAAGGAAAAUGACAGCGCCAGCGUUUAGCAUUGGCACCAUGCGUAAGUUUGUGGAGGCCUUCAAGGAGCACGCCGAGAGAUUCACUCAACUUAUCGAGCGAGAAAGUAAGAACGAAUACACAGAGAUUGACUCCCUAGUAUCGAAAGGCACAAUGCACGCAGUUUGUGAAACGGUAAUGGGUACAAAACUGGACGAGGACAAUGAAGAAGUCGGUAAAUAUCUAGCAGCGUCACAUCGGAUCGGUGAAUUAUUCAUUCAUCAGCUUAGUAGACCGUGGUAUGCAUUUUUGCCAAUAUACCCGUUAACACCCAGUUACUGGGAAUCGAGGAAGGUCUUGAAAGUGUUACACGACUUUACACAUAACAUAAUUCAAGAAAAGAGGAAGAAUUUUGCCAUUAAAGGUGCUUCUCCGAAAGGAGGUGCAGGAUUACUGGAUUUGCUAAUUGAAAAUAGCUUGGACGAACGAAUUCCUGUGGCCGAUAUUCGGGAAGAAGCAGAUGCUUUUAUGUUUGCGGGCCACGAUACGACUACCAGUAUGAUCUGCUUCGCCUUGCUGCUGCUGGCCAGCCAUAGCGAAGUACAGCAAAAGGUUUAUGAAGAAGUCGAGGGAGUGUUCAGCAAAACCGACGACAGCACCUUUUACGAAGACUUGCAAAGUAUGCGUUAUUUAGAUCAGGUGUUAAAGGAAACCUUAAGGUUGUACCCCAGCGGGCCUAUGAUAUCCCGAUACAUCACCGAAGAAAUGACAACACACACCGGAUACACCCUCCCGAAGGGCACCAAUGUCAACGUGCGCAUAUAUGACAUCCACCACGACCCCAAACUCUAUCCAGAUCCGUACAAAUUCGAUCCGGAGAGGUUUUCGCCGGAAAAUUGCAAAAAUCGACACCCUUUCGCCUACCUCGCCUUUAGCGCUGGUCCUAGAGGCUGCAUGGGAAACAAAUUCUCAUUGUUAAUGGGAAAAACUAUUAUAUCGUCGAUUUUAAGGGAGUACGAAGUGAUGCCCGUCGAUACACCCAAAAGUAUUACAUUGGUGGCUCACGUAGUUUUAAAAACGAAGGAACCGAUUAAACUCAAAUUUAGACGACGUUAAGCGCCUUUGUUUGCUUUAGGUUUUAUCUAUACACCGUGAAAACCUUUAAACUAUUUAAUUAAUAAAGAUUUCAUUUAAUCAAAGAAACGAACGUUGUGCUAGAGUGUGUUAGCCUCGGGUCGCAAUGUCUUGUAAAAAACGUUAGGUGCUGAAGUGGCAUAAGAACGCUAUGUAUAUUUUAACACAAUGUGUAUAUAUAUUUAUUUAUAUUUCUAAACGAGCGUUGCAAGAUCUUUCCAAAAUAUUAAUAUAUGGGUCACAUAGUUAACGGACAAUCUUUAUUUGACGCAGUCUCGAUGGUAAAAAUUUUCGUGACUUGAAUACGUGCCCGAUUGAAGAUAAAAGCAGGUACUUGCUUUACAUAGUUAAUUACGAUUGAGUUUCUCAAGUUAAUUAAAGAAAUUCGCUGCAACCCUUUUAAAAUUAAACUGGUACAUGCAUCCUAGACAGUUGUACCAAGUAGGUCUCACGGUUCUUGCUGAUCUCACAUACAUUUGGGCACACAGGAUUUAAUUUAUUUUAUUAUUGUUUGGACGGGGUUUACCUGAAGCUGUUGGUUCGCUGAUCUUUUUGAAGCUUCUUUAAGUACACAUAAUAGUUGCUCCAUGUUCGUCGAUCUUAGGGCCAAAACAUUGGCUUCCGAUUGACUUGAGAAUCCCCUUUUAUUGCGGUACUGAAUACUGUAAUGAAUUAUCUUGCACCAUGUAAUAUUUUAUUGUUUCAUAUUGGGUUUAUUUAAGACUUCAUUUAAAUAUAAUAAUAACUACAUUUUGAUGUGAAUAGGUUCGACCCUAGGCUGCCACUCUCCACUUAUAGUAGGGGAGCUAGCACGAAAUCCACUGAACGAGAAUGAUCAAAAUUUUAACCGAUGGAGUUCCUUUUUGCCCUAUCAGAGUAUGCUA